UAAGUGGCACUUCGUGGCAGUUUACAAUCGGGAGUGCGCACGCGCGGUUUAUUAGAAUAAAGGGAAAAAAUUUAACAGGGGAUAUAAAAUGUUCUGUGAAAUACCGGAUUUAGGUCGAUGCUGCCUCUGCUUGCCUUUGAGGCAAGGUAUUUUGGCGUUUGGAUAUAUUAAUGUUUUAUUUUCGGUGUUCAUGACUGGAGUGUACAGUUAUACGAUACACAGUGGAUUUAAUGAAACUAUGUUGAUGUAUCACGGUUCGUUGAUGCAAGUGGAUGAUGAGAUCUGUCUUGUUUUCUACAUUUUUGACUUUGUUUUUGCGUCGGUACUUGUCUAUGGUGGACAUACGAAAAACACCAGACUACUAAAAGUGUUCUACUAUUACGCGAUGACAACACUGCUUACUACUAUUAUAUUACAAAUUAAUGGUGUCUUUUCAUCUUAUUAUCCAGUCAGCUUCAUAUUUGAGACAUGUGGAUUAUUUCUUUUUGGACUUUGUCUUCACCUUUAUUUGAUAUUCCUGGUGAGAAGCCUCCUCAAGAAAUUGGAGAUAUCUGGUCAGUCAUACGAAAAUCAGCUGCAUCAAAUCGUCAAUGGCGAAAUUAAAGUAGAUACCAACGGCGUAUACCCAAGCACUGUGCUAUCACACGAGACUGAAUAAAUUUAAGAAUACGUUUUAUUAAUCUUCAUUCUAUGGAUAUGGGCUAAAAUUUCAAAAGAUUAUUUUUGAAUAUAUAAUAUUUUUUCUCUUAAUUAUAAACGUAAUAGAAUCUAUUGAAAUAUAAUAAUAUGUCUAUAAUAAUUAGCUAAUUGAUUCUUAUAGUAUGUUAAUAAAAGUUUUAGUUAUUGUAACCAUUAAGUUAAAAGUAGCAACAAUUUUUCUUAGUCGGAGCUAUACCUAUACAAAGAAUCUGUAGACAUUAAAUAGUAUUAGAAAUAGGAGGACAAUCGUGUUCUUAAUAAAUGUAUAUUAUAGAUGAAAACAAAAAUACAGAAUAAAUUUUGUAAUAUUAAAAAAACACUACUUUAAUCUGUAAUCUACUUAAAAAAACUUAUUACUAAAUUUCUUUAAAUACCGUCUUUACCGAAGUACUAGGAGGUAAGAAUUUAAAAUGGUAUGUGUGUGCGAUUAGACAUGCAUGUUCACGAACGAACAAAUACAUCCCGGCAGCGUUUCGUCUUUUGUUUUACAUUCGCACUAGUCUCUGUUCAUCAAAGCGUAAAUACUACGUGACAGAAAGAGACAAUAAUUUCAAUUUACGUUUAUGAUUCUUAAUAUAAUUAUUGAACUUUCUUUUCUCACUUUUAAUUCUCAUAAUAUUGUUAUAUUAACGAUAUCUUUUAAUGUCUAAAAAGGCCCAAAGGCUGUGCUAAACUUAAUUGUACAUAGUCUAGGCAUAAUAUUCGUGUUAAUGUUUUAAGUUACCAACACUUGCUUGAGCUGUGAUUGUUUUUCUAAUAAAUAUUUUUUAUA